AUGAUUCGGUCUCGCAUACCGGCUACUUACCAAGGCCAUAUUGUUCAUCCCGCAAAUUGUCCGUACGUGACUCGCCCCAGUCAUCAAUCUCCUAACCUGGUCCAGGCUUCUCAUCAACACUCAAGGCCGACUGCUCUCGUGUAAGUCCGAUUAUCUCCUUUGAUUUCCAAUCUACACCUUGUUUCCUACCCUCUAAUUCUUAUAGCUGCCUCCCCCCCACUAGAAUCUACCUUCCUUCUGUGCUCCCUCCUCCUCCUCCUCCUCCUCCUCCACAAAUGAACUACAAGCAAGCCUAUCCCCGUUCCAAUUCCCUUACCAUCCCACUGUCCGAAAACGAUAUCCCCACAUCUCUUGAGUAUCCUGCCCAGCCUUCUCUCGCUGAUUCCCUGUACGUCGAGAAUUCUAGACUCCUGGGAACUUAUCCCCAAAAUAACAUUAGUUCAUGGUUUACAUGCCCACCUCGAAAUUUUUUCCAAAAUACCGUCAACGGUAGGCUUGCUGUUUAAAACACAUUAGAUAUUAUAUUAUUGAAUUCCAAGUCUGUUAUAAACAACAUGGCCCGAAUCAAAGCCAUUGCUCUCAAAAUGACGCCUGAUAUUAUAUGCGUACCAGAAGCUUGGACCCGUUCUUUUAUUCCUAACUCUGCCCUUUUUACAGAUGACUCCAAUGUUUACUGUUGAGACCACACGGCUAGACGUGUGGACGGUUGUCUUCUUUAACUUAGAUCCUACUUGAAAAACUUUCCCUAGUACUUGAAGGUCUCCUCGUUCACCGGGGCUGCUGCCUUGCUUUGAUGGGACCCCGACAGGUCCUUAAUAAAAAUUAUCUAUCUAUCUAUCUGUUAUUCCCUCGCAGCAGAGAAACGCAAUUAUUGUCUGUAUCUACAAUCCCCAAACUCUUCAGCUAGUGAUAAUUCACAAAUCUGGGAAAUCUUUAAAUCAAUUUCGGAAGCUGCUUUCAAUGUUAAAAUAAUCAGUGGGGAUUUAAACCUUCCUGAAAUAGACUGGGUUUGCAAUAUCUGUCCACCUGGAUUCCAUCCAUUCCAAGAUAUUGUAAAUUUUUUUAACUGGUCCCAUCUGGUGCGCUCAUCAACAAAAGAUAAUAACAUUUUACAUCUAGCAUUUAUCGAUGAAAUUGCCUCUCUUUUUGUUGCUUUCUAAAAGGACCUCUUUAAUAGUGGCCACGUAUUAAUUCAAUGUUGCCUUUUCAGAAAAGACCGGCACAGCUCGGACCUUUCUAAACUACGAUUGCAUGGAUAACGAGUUAAUAAAAAACUAUCUUGGAUCAGUGGGUUGACGUGGUUUACUAUCCUGUAGUAAUGCAAUCAUCCUUCGUGACGUCAUGUCCAGUGCUAUAAAAGACAUCUUAGAUUCUGUGUCCCGUAGAUAUCUGAAGUCUAAUUCCUCGGAUUCCCUAGUCCCUCAUGUUCUUUGUUCGGAUUUAAAAGUUGAGACGGCAGCUAUGCGACCUAUUCACUAAUUCUUUAUCCGUUCAUCUAAAAAUCACAGAGAUUUUUAAAACGGACUCAAGGAUGCGCCAAGCGCCCGACAGGCAAAGAGAAUCGCUUGCUGUCAGUGAUCCGAACCUUGCCAAAUCCGUAGUUAAAAUCUUCCGUAAUUGGUCAUCCUCUAAGCGUGGUCACGAAAUUCCACACCUCCUAAACGAUAACAAAAUCUUCCUCAUCGAUUAUUCUGAGAAGGCGGUAUUGUUUAGUGCUAUUUUUGCAAAACAACUUAUUACGGAGUCCGAACCAGUCCCUUUCUUUCGCCUUCAGAUAGGACACUCAGCACGAUCGAUGUCCCUUCAAUUCUUAUUAAGAAGCAAGUAAGUUGUUUGAAAAACUCACAGGGCUCAGGAACGAACGGGAUCUCAAAUUCGAUUAUUAAAUGUCCAUCUGACCUUCCCAUACUGCUCAGUCAUUUAUUCGCGGUUGAUAUGUCGAGCGGAUUUUUCCCGAAACAUGGAAGGCGUCAAGUAUCAUUCCUGUUUUCAAGCCUGGGUCUCGAUUAGAGGCUAAUAAAUAUCGGGCUUGAACAAAACAUUGUCUCUGGUAAGACGUCUUGAAAGGAUAAUUUUCAAUGAAUUUCUUGACUUCUAUCUAACUAUCACCUUCUGAGCUCUACUCAACAUACAUUUUUACCUGAACGGUCCUGUAAAACUUGUCGUUUGGUAGUUUUUGAUGUAAUUACCUCUAUUUGUAAUAAAACGUUAAUGGUAGAUAGAUACUUUGAUAUUAGUUAAUCCUUGAACAAAGAGCCACAUAGACGUCUUUUCGUAAAAUUGGGAGCUCCCGGCAUCCGGCCUCCUCUACUCGACCUCACCGGGUCCUACCUAUCGCAGUCGCAGUGCCAGAAAUGCUGUUGAGACUACUGGUCCCGUGCUUGACUCCAUACUGUUCCCGACAGCUGUCGUGGAAAGGGACCUGACAAAUCUCAAGGAAUCAAAGUCCUCGGGUCCGGACAAUAUACCGGCCAAAUUCUUCAAAGAACUGGCGAAUGAACUAUAGAAACCACUUGCACACAUCUUCCGCUCGUCAUUCGAAUUAGGAAGGCUGCCAUUGGAAUAGAAGACAGAAAAUAUCUUUCCGAUAUACAAGGGCGGGGCUCGCACUAAUGCCAACAGUUACCGGCCUGUCAGUCUAACCUGUAUCUGCUGUAAAGUAGAUAGAUAGAUAAUUUUUUAUUAAAGACCCGUCGGGGUCCCAUCAAAGAAAGUUAAAAUAAAUUUACAUGCGAGUUUUAGACGAGGUAGGCCGAAUCUUUACAAAAUGCAAUUCAUCGUUUCUGAAUUAGUAGUCCAUUGAGAAACAUGAUGAUUGAGGGGUGAAAAAAAAUUCCUUACAAAAAGUUAAAAAUGAUUGAAUUAAUUUUACAGGAGAAAAAAACCAUAAAUAAAAAUAAUGACAGAAAAAAGCCAGCAGGACUGGCCUGUGGAUGGCGGUGUAUAACGGAAUGUCGUCGGUCAUCGUCAGGGUAGCAAUAUAUCUCAGCCUUGAGGGGUACGAAUGUGGGUCAGACAGGACUGGCUUGCAUGUGACAUUGUAUACGUGAUUCACAUUUGAGAUCGUCUGGGCCGGAUUGAUACGCCGAAUGAGAUUAUUCGCGUCAAAGAGGCCAGACGAGAGGAACCCAGAUGCGAUCGGCCACAGCACGCUUCGAGCUUAGCCGAGCAGUGGGGAAGGGAGGUACGACCAAACUACUAGUAGACGGCGAAUACUGAGGGUUCCGCCCUGAGCGUCGACAGACCACAUGAGGUCGAAAUGCGGGAGAUGACAUCAAAAACCGCGAAAAUUGUCGCUAUGGGGGAGGAGUGAUAGCAGUGGAUUUAGAAACCAAUUCAAAACAGGGGUUUCUAAUAAUAUAAUUAAGAGUUACCACUUAAUCUACCACAAAAUCCCAGGAGGACCCUUCUCGAAGUCAAGAAUCUGAGUGUUCGGGAAUGAGACCGUUAACAGUGCCUUUAUGCUUUCCGGUGUAAGAUGUUUGUGUAAUAUCGACAUGAAUACCGGUAACUUAGGCGAUAAUCUAAUUUUAGGCGGAAGAUUAUUCCAAAGGAAGGCAUAUUUGGAAGCAAAUAAGAGGGAGCGCUUAGAUGUAGUACAAAGAGGCGGCGGAAUCACCAUGCAGGAGUUGCGCGCGUCAUAAGACUGAUCUCUCUGAGUGAGAGUGUCAAUGAGCGAAAGACUGGGGCUAGAGUUGAUGCGAAAAAGGAAGCAAAGGCGAGCUUCCAGUUUUCUAACCCAAAAAACUUAAUGUUCGCCGGCUCACGUCUCUGAGUACAAGAAAUACUGGACGAAGCUUCAGAGAACAGUUUGCGGGUGAAAACAUUCUGAACGUUUUCGAUUUUAUUACGGUCGCAGGCGUUCAUUAAACCGAAGAAAGGACAGAAAGUAAUGGAGGCCAUAGUUAAGAAAGCAACAAUGAAGUUCCUGGAACAAGACCAUUUACUCUCAGACCUGCAGCACGGCUUCAGACAGAACCGCUCGUGCCUUUCCAGUUUAUUGCUCUCGACGGAGCAGUGGACUCGCGCACUGGACGAGGAUGGUAGGGUCGAUGUCAUCUACAUAGACUUUAAGAAGGCGUUCGACAGCGUCCCACACAAACGCCUAAUCUACAAACCUUCUGAAAUUGGAAUAAGAGGAAGGCUGCUGACAUGGAUAAAAGAUUUUCUUACCGGGAGAUCGCAAACCGUGUGCAUUGAGGCCUCACGGUCAACUCCUAUCCCCGUUCUAAGUGGUGUACCCCAGGGCUCCGUGUUGGGUCGUUGCUAUUCCUGGUUUAAAUUAACGACUGCAUCGACGACCUGGGAUGCAGCGCCAUCAUGCUCGCUGACGAUGUUGAGCUGUGGAGACCCAUCAGAUCUGACGCAGACAGGUACGCGCUUCAAGACAGUCUCAACCGCCUAAACAGUUGGUCAGCUCGUUGGCUCCUCAAUUUUAAUGUGGACAAAUGUGUGGCCCUGAGACUCCGCACCAGACGGAUCAGUAAGGAGGACGAUUCCUUUCAUACGUCCUUGGUGGUCAGUCCCUUUCAAAUGUUGUGGAAGAGAAAGACCUGGACGUCCUAAUGACCUCCUUACUGAAACCAUCAUCACAGUGUUAAAGGGCAGCCAAAAGUGCAAUAAGGGUGUUAUUUGCGCUAAGGCGAGGAUUUGUGCAGAUCGAUAAAGGGCUCUUCGGGAAAACCUAUGGGGCAUUCGUCCGGUCUCACUUAGAGUAUGCAGUCCAGGCCUGGGGACCGUGGUUAAAGAAAGAUUAUCAACGACUGGAAAGAGUACAGGCGAUGGCUACGAAGAUGGUCAAGAAUCUUCAUCAUUUGCCUUACGAAACCAGGCUGAUCGAACUAAAUCUGUUUCCUCUAAAUUACAGGCAACUGCGCGAUGAUCUCAUUUAAACCUGGUGCAACCUGGUGAGCCCAACUGAGCACGACGGAAUUAUUCUGCAGUCCAACUGUGACAAUUUCGACUUGGUUACCAUUCCACAGUUACCGUCUGUGAAAUUGAUACUGGAACCGUACGUACAGAAUUGCUUUGUUCAUUUUUGGAAUAUCUUUUCAUGCAUCGAAAUUCGCACCAAACCUGGAUUAAGUGCAAUUUCUUUAUCAGCACAGUCUCACUGACAUCGCAACUGGCUACGCAACCAAAUCGCGGAUAUACGGCCUAGAAAACCAAUCGCUCAAAAUCCUUCAAGGUUUGCAGUUAUUCAAGUCCCACGAGAUCUGGAAAGGGCUAAAUCGCUUCUGAUUAAAUUCGACAAAAUUUAUCGGAUUUUCAGUAUUUUUUCGCUUAUUGAGUUUUGAAUAUUCACUUAAAUUCAUCAUAUUUAAGCCGACGUAUUCGUUAUAACAUCGAAAGCGAAAUUAUACCUAUUAUAUCACGUCGAAGUUUAUGGAUUCUCAGCAAGAUAACUGUAGUAGUACGGCCAGCGACGGCAACUCUUUGGAAAAUAAGUCCGGUGAGUUGUCCUUCGCAUCCGGAACCUGUGCUCGCUCUACCUUCGCCUCCAGCCAGCGACCAGCAAAGCGUGCAAAAAGCGUAAGUACCGCAAAAAUUGUGAGGUACGAAGACGAGCCUUGUGGUGGGUGUGCAGAUAUCCAAAUCAAAGUAGAACAACUCAAAAAGGAGAUUGCUGAUUUAAGGACGCUCGUGAAACAGACCCUAGUCGGCCAGAACGUGUCCAGUGUUAGAAUCCCAAAAACGAUGUGCAAAACGCAAAAAAACGCGAAAAUAUAUCCUCUGGGGAAUCUUCAAACACGAGUAGCAACUCAACAGCCAAAACCGCAGAUACCGGUAACAGCAGGACAAUGAAAACGAAGCCGCCGAUAAAGGCAGACUCGAUUCCCACGCAAGAUGUCUUAAGCGAUGUCGCAAAAAAAUUACCUGGCGCGGAAGCCAUCUCACCUAAGCCUCUUGCUGUAAGUGAUGGGAUUUCUCUUCUGCAUGGAGACGAUAUACCUGGGUCAUCCAGUCUACUGUUGCCCUCUUGUUCUGGCAACCACCCCAACCGCACUACAGAGCACGUAUCUGAAUGCGAAGACAUAAACCCGUGGGUAGAUUAGAGAGGGACACGACAUGACAGGAUUCUGAAGUCACAGCCAGCCCUGAUGGGUUGCUCGGGACAGUCGGCAGACAGUAAAAAUGUGCGUCCAAGCGAUGACUCCGUAAAUCGUCUUUGCCCACAUGCAGCGCAUUCACCGGAAAGACAGAGUAAGGAGGACCAUGCUCGCCAGCAGUGUCUGGUUAUUCAGGGUUUGUCAGAAUCGAAUGCAGUCAGACCUGAAGAUCGUGUCUCAAAGGACCUUGCUUCUUUUCAUGGACUCCAAAAUCAUUUACUCCCGCCAGACAUGAAGAUAAAGGUUCUGAAAGCAUUCCGGAUAGGAAAAAGGAGUGAAGACCGGACAGCAGCACAACCACCUCGCCCUCUCAAAAUUAUGCUGGAGAACAAAGAGCAAUUCAAGUUUAUCAAGUUAAAAAAACCGAUCUCAGAAACACACACAAACAGGUUUUUUUUUCAACCGGACUAUUCACCAGCAGAACUGUUGAAACGCCGGGAACUUGUCUUGGAGUUAAAAUCAAGACUGAAGGGUGGCGAACACAAUCUGGCUAUCUUCAAGGGGAAGGUAGUUCGGAAAUAUAUGCCGUUUCAGUGGAACCAGCCUGUAAUACUACGAACGACGACAGCUACUCAGCUAAAACAGACACCUUCGUUGAACCACCUGAUCAAGGCGCCAACACAAGUGAGCCCGUAGCGUCCAGUGAUCUGACUGAAACAAGGCAUAUAAAUGGAACCAAUCAGGUAACGGAAGAGCCUAGAGAACACGACGUCAACGAUAACGGAGGAAUGCUCACAGCAGUAACAAAUGCAACGGGAAAUUCGGCCGGUGCAAAACUGAGGUGCUUGUUCACGAAACCAGUGACCAAAAAAGCGAUAUGCGGACGUGCUUCAGAGUGCUGAGGAGUGAUUGGUCGAACAUUUUCUCGAGAGCUGCGGCGGCUUCUGGGACCUUUCUAGAGUUUUACUUUUGCGAAAUUAUUUUUGAUGAUACCCCCAGCCACUAAGAGACCCGGAGUAUGUCAUUAAGAGAGUCGACUAAGUGAGAAGUUAGCAUAUGGUUAUGAACUUUGAGUCUCACGCAACUCGCUCAACUUUUACUUGGUUAUUAAGUUUAUUAGUUAGUUUAUUUAGCUAGUUAAUUGUUAGUCAGUUAGUUUAGUUAGGCAGUUUGUCAGUUAGUCUAGUUAGUUGGUCGGGGUGUAGGGGUGUCAGCGGUGGGUGGUGGUCGCUCACUUGCUUGCAGGUGAGACUGCGCCUAGCGUCCACUUGCUGGCACUCAACUCUCACAUGUGGCUCCACGUAGCUGGACUCUGCUCAGCGGUCACACCCCGGACAACCGUCUCAACCGGCGGGCUAAAUUAGGUGAGGGGGCCAUGUGCGCUGUGCCGUGUGCACAGGGUUUGCGGAUUCCGCUGGAUGGAAACUCGGAUGGAACCUUGCGUCGGCACCGUCGUGACGUGGUUCGUCUCUGCACGCCGCUGGACAGCCGGUGACGGGACGGAUCUCCACAUCGACAUCGCCUUGACGCGCCCACCUACGCCGUCGGAGACCGCGGCUGACGGCGAAUUCGAGUCGCUCUCCACUACAACCCGAAGUCGUGGCCCCAUAGUGGAGUUCGGCCGUGCCACAAUGGCACAUGGCAGCCCUAUUCAGGGAUGGCACUGCCAGUCCCCACGAGCGGAAGGGCCUAGAAAAGAUGGCCUAAACAUUGCUGGGUACCACGCCGUCUAAAGGCUAGCCAGGGCCGCAGACGUCUUAUCAUGGUCGAAACAAUCAAAAUCGAAACAACAACAAUACCAAUAACAACAACAACCAUACUCAUUCUCCUCAUCCUACCUCUUCCUCCUCUUCCUCUGCCUAUUCUUCUCCUUCGUCACCUUCUUCUCCAUCUCCUUCCCUUCGUCCCACUCGUUGUCACCAGACUGGCAGGGUUAGCCCGCUCAUUCUGGCAGCCUGGAAUGUUCGUUCCCUUUUAGACAAUCCGAGGAUCAACCGACCGGAACGGGGGACGGCGCUAAUGGCACGAGAACUGGCGCACUACAAGGUGGACAUCGCCGCACUCGGCAAGACUCCAUUCUCCGAACAAGGCCAACUGGAGGAGGUGGGUGCCGGCUACACCUUCUUCUGAAGCGGUCGACCCAGGGCAGAGCGACGGGACGCGGGUGUCGCCUUCGCCAUUCGGAACGACAUCGUGGGACGACUGCCCUGUUUGCCGCAGGGCAUCAACGAUCGCCUGAUGAGACUCCGCCUGCCUCUCUGGGGAGGCAAAUUCGCCACCAUCAUCAGCGCCUACGCUCCGACGAUGACCAACCCCGACGCCGUCAGAGACAAAUUCUACGAGGGCCUACACGCCCUCUUGGCGACUGUGUCGAAGGCGGACAAGUUAAUUGUCCUUGGUGACUUCAACGUCCGCGUCGGCACAGACCAUACUGCCUGGAGCGGAGUGCUGGGUCCCCACGGUCUUCGCGGCUCAAACGACAAUGGUCUGCUGCUUCUCCGCACCUGCGCAGAACACCAGCUCAUCCUGACGAACACCUUUUUCUGUCUGCCAGAGCGAGAGAAGGCCACCUGGAGGCAUCCUCGGUCGCGCCAGUGGCACCUGCUGGACUAUGUCCUCGUCCGGAGGCGAGAUCAGCGGGACGUGCUGGUGACGAAAGCGAUCGCGGGCGCUGACGGGUGGACCGACCAUCGCCUCGUCAUCUCGAAGAUGCGUAUUCGCCUGCAGCCUCGCAGGAGACCACAAGGUAAGCGACCCCCAGGUAAGCUGAAUGUUGCCUUGUUGUCUUUGCCCGCUCACCAUCUUCAUUUCAGCAAUGAGCUAGCUCAAAGGCUAGACAACUUUCCUAUCGCUGCCGACGCCGCCGCUGCCGAGAAAGCCUCCGUGGAGAACCGCUGGUGUUAACUGCGAGACACGGUCCAGUCGACGGCGCUCGCCGUCCUCGGUCGCGCUCGCCGCCAACACCAGGACUGGUUCGACGACAACGACGCUGAGCACGAUGCUGAAGAUGUACAAGGCCGUCAUCCUGACUACACUAUUGUAUGGAGCGGAGACUUGGACGGCGUAUGCAAAGCAGGCACGUCGUCUGAACCACUUCCACCCCAGUUGUCUUCGUCGCAUCCUGAGGCUAAAGUGGCAGGAUCGAAUCUCCGACUCUGAUGUGCUGGAACGGACGGGAAUCCUCAGCAUUUACGCCAUACUGAGGCAAAUUCAGCUGUGCUGGAGCGGCCACCUGGUGCGCAUGGACGACAAGCGACUACCCAAACGACUCUUCUACGGAGACGUCGCGACGGGUUCUCGCCGUCAAUGAGGCCAGAUUCGCCGUGACAAGGAUACCCUGAAUUCUCCCUGAAAUGCCUGCAAAUCAACCCCACCAACUGGGAGGAGCUCGCACUCGAUGAACCGACCUGGAGGAGGACAGUGAAGACAGGCGCUGCGAUCUACGAUGCCGACCGCAUCGCUGCCGCCAAAGCCAAACGUGAAGCCCGCAAAUCACAACUUCGCCAAGUAAGUAACGCCGCCGCACAACUGCUUCCAACGGGUCCUCGAUGUCAACGGACAUUCCGGGCUCGAAUCGGACUUGUUGGACAUCUUUGGAUUAACUGCGCCUUUCGAACGGCACCAACCAUCGUCCCCCCGCCUGUCUCUUCCUCCUCCUCCUCUCCACCGCCAACUAACCCUGACAAUUCUUCUGACCCACCACUUCCAUCAUCCUCCUUCUCAUCCUCCUCCUCCUCCUUCUCCUCGCCCAGUGCUCCAACGGCGGCCGCUCAGGCGACUGUGCCGCGCACAGCAACCGACACUACCACCACCUCCCCCGACUCCAGGGAUGAGGAUCAGGACUACACCUGCCCUCACUGCGACCGUACCUUCACCUCACACAUAGGCCUGGUCAGUCACUUACGAAUCCAUCGCACUGAGAUUGGCGAACCAGUGCGUGAAGCACCAACCUACACCCACCGCACUCGCCUCUACUGCCCACACUGCCCUCGCACCUUCAGGCAUCGCAUGGGCCUUUUCGGCCACAUGCGCAUCCACGACGACCUGCGGUAG